GUCCAGGGUUUCGGAGCGAAGCUCGGCGGCCGGGUGGGUCGGGGCGUUCGGCGCACCCUUCACUGAAGCGGCAGUGGCCGGGCUGGGAGCCGGGAGUGGGAAGCGACGGCGCGGCUGGAAAAUGCCGGUCCAUUCCCGAGGGGAUAAGAAGGAGACGAAUCACCACGAUGAGAUGGAGGUGGACUACGCGGAGAACGAGGGGAGCAGCUCCGAAGACGAGGACACCGAGAGCUCGUCGGUCUCGGAGGAUGGGGACAGCUCAGAAAUGGAUGAUGAAGAUUGUGAAAGGAGAAGGAUGGAAUGUCUAGAUGAAAUGUCCAAUCUUGAGAAGCAGUUUACAGAUCUCAAAGACCAACUUUACAAAGAACGGUUAAGUCAGGUGGAUGCAAAACUCCAAGAAGUCAUAGCUGGAAAAGCACCAGAGUAUUUGGAACCACUGGCAACUCUACAAGAAAAUAUGCAGAUUCGCACAAAGGUAGCAGGAAUCUAUAGAGAGCUCUGCUUAGAGUCUGUGAAGAACAAGUAUGAAUGUGAAAUCCAGGCUUCUCGCCAGCACUGUGAGAGUGAAAAGCUUUUGUUAUAUGAUACAGUCCAGAGUGAGCUUGAGGAGAAGAUAAGAAGGCUUGAGGAGGACAGGCACAGCAUCGACAUCACCUCAGAGCUGUGGAAUGAUGAGCUUCAGUCAAGGAAAAAGAGGAAGGACCCUUUCAGCCCCGACAAGAAGAAGCCGGUCGUCGUGUCAGGCCCAUAUAUAGUGUAUAUGCUGCAGGAUCUUGAUAUUCUUGAGGACUGGACAACAAUCAGGAAGGCAAUGGCUACCUUGGGUCCACACCGAGUUAAAACAGAACCGCCUGUGAAACUGGAAAAACAUUUGCACAGUGCUAGAUCUGAAGAGGGAAGACUGUAUUAUGAUGGUGAAUGGUAUAUACGCGGACAAACGAUAUGUAUUGAUAAAAAAGAUGAAUGUCCUACAAGUGCUGUAAUUACAACAAUUAACCAUGAUGAAGUUUGGUUUAAGAGGCCUGAUGGAAGCAAAUCUAAGCUUUAUAUUUCACAGCUACAGAAAGGAAAAUAUUCAAUUAAGCAUUCAUAAUCACUAUUUAAGUGUUACCCAUAUCUACCUUAUUAGUGUUACCAAGUGUAAUGUGCCAUGGGAACCGAGAAAUGUAUCCAGCAGCUUAAUAGUCUCAUCCAUCAUGAGAGAAUGUCUUCUAGGCAGUGCUCUAAGUAGAUCCCACAUUAGUCAGUCAUUAAGAGAAAUAGUGAGACAGUUUAAUCAUGACCAUCACGUUUAUUUGCCUCAUAGGUCCAGUGGCCAACAGAUCUAUUUGGUAGGUAUUUCUUUCUCAGUUUCAUUUCAUUUUGUGUCUUAAUCAUGUGAGUGUGUCUCAUCUUUAGUGAGCUGCAACUAUAGUUAUCUGCAAUUUUUAAAUUUCCACACCUUUGUCACUAUUUGUGUUUGUAAAUAAGACUGAUGAAAUGUUUCCUAUAAAUGAUUUGUAUUAGUGCAUUAGUUUAAAUCAGAACUGAAAUUUAUACAUAUGUGUGUAUGUAUAUAUGGUGUCAUCAGUGUGCUGAGAACUGGUGGCCUACCCGUACAAUCUUGUUUUACCCCAAAUUAAACUGUUGGGCUUGAGAAGUAAAGGGAGCACUUUUAUAGACUGGUUUUCUUUCUCUUUUUCCUUGAUGGUGAUGACCUCUUUUCCAGAUCAGAAAUGAUGUUUAUUAGUGACAUUGUAUCAAGUAUGAUCAUGUUGCUGGCUGUGUUUAUGGUGCGCUUUGUGAGGGCAGGUGUUUAUGAUGCACAGUGUCCACGUGAGCAGUGGCUGGCAGUAUUGUGGUGCUUUCUGUGUGUCUGAACUUUUGAAGAUUUUAGCAAGUAUUUUCCAAAGGCAAAACUAGAUCCUUAUUCUAAUUUUAUUGCUACUGUAAAAUAGAUGUGGACACUUUCCUUGAAUCUAUCAACCCCCUAAAUUGGGAUUUAAAGAAAUAUUCCACGUUUUUAUGGCCACUUGGUGCAAUUUAGAAAAUGCUGGCCUCCUUUCCCUUAGCCACACUCAAAAUUAACUUCCAAAGCCUCUGGAACUGUGCAGCAAAUCGAAGCCCUCAGCUUGGCAAACACAGUUAGCUAUAGUAUGUAUUUAGGUUACAACCAAACCAAGUAUUCUGGUGGUCUCAUGCACUUUAAUUUCUGUUACAAUGGUAUUUAAGAGGAUGACGAGGAAGGUUCAUUUAACACUCCACGAAGGAGCCUCUGCAUGAUUCCGUUAAUUCCUUAUGGUUUUUACCUCUACAGAUAUCCUGUGCAGGUCACUAUGUCACAGUUGCCAAAUUGUAACCGGUUUGACUUUUGAAAUUCAGUAUCAGCAACAUUGUGCUGCUCUGCUCUGUUUCUGAUGAACCUUAGUGGCUACCGUACUGUCCCAAUCCAGUAGCAUUUGGCAGUGCUUAUAUAUAUAUAUAUAUAUAUGAUGUUUGAUAAGCAUUUUUAAUGAGAUUUGUAUUUUUAAAUUUAGUAUGUAAUAAAAGAAGUGUCUGAGUGUCAUUUAUGGUGUCGUGUGUUUCU